AAAAUUCAGUUAUUGUCGCUGGCUACACGCUGCUAAGCUGAAGCUGUUGUGUUUAGUGGUCUGUCAUGCGGUCACUAAAUCUAUGACAAAUGUUAGGAGGUUUUCCCUCAAAACUAAUUUGAAAUUUAGGUUAGACCGUGUAGCUACUCUCAGUGAAAACUGUUGGCCUGUCGUCGUUCUGCAGACUAGAGGUUGAAAGUUAUUACUGAAGCUAGCCAGCUGGCGCAGUUGAUCGUGGAUGAAGAUGAUGGAUAGUUAACCCACUUAUCAGGAAACCAUGGGUUCGAAAAGUAAAAAGCGAAUGAUCCUGCCAAGUCGACCAGAACCUCCUUCUGUGGAAGAAAUUGUAGAAGACAUUAACCGAGCCUACCCGAAUGAUCCAGUCUUUGCUGUUCUACAAGACGAAAGUCAAGAUGCCAAGCUGGGCUCGGCUCUCAGUGAGAUGGAGAUGAUGUACCAGCAGAGCCGCCGGUUCCUGGACCUCAACGACCGACUGCAAGAGGCACGGGGAGAAUUAGCGAGACGUCGUGAGGAGCUGCGGGCUGUGGGGGACGCCCUGGGCCACAGUGUGGAGGACGUGAAAGAGAAAGCCAAAAGUGUGCCAUGCUUUGAUGGUCCAGACCCUUAGCCUUUGUCAUCUGCUUUAUCGAGAUAUUCUACCACCAACCUUCAAGGUCACUUCACCUUUUGAAUUAACAAUAUUGUACAUAAUUUUGGAACAGUGGAGCUGUUUUGUUGCAGCCUUGCAAAAUUGUUGAUCAUGUUAUAAUAAAGUGUAUUUUAAAAUA